GUUCAGCCACUCCCUGUGAGCUGCAUAAAAACGGAGACGAGACGAACCUGAACUGCAUCCUGCAUCAAACUCCUGCAGCACCUGGAAGGUCACCUUCAUCAUGAUUCCAGCCGUCAUCUUCCUCCUUUUGUUCUCAGUGACAAAUGUCCUGYUGAGCACACCAAUUGAUGAUGACAAUGAAUCUGUAGAAACCCCCAAGCUGCUUGAUGACAUCGCCAUCUCCGAUAUUGAGACCAGGAAUGCAGACCCAUGCAUCGCCAGAGGCUGCAAGUGGCCCAAAUCUGGACGCUUUGUUAUUGUGCCCUAUUUGAUCUCCCCUCGCUUCACAAAGAAACAACGCAAUUUCAUCAUUAAUGGCCUAAAGAGCUUCCAUGRGCGCACUUGCAUUCGUUUUGUCCCAAAGACAUCAUAUCAUCGUGAUUUCAUCCGCUUCUUUUCAGGCACCGGGUGUGCGUCCGAUAUYGGACGUCAGGGCGGAGAACAGGCACUSUCUCUGCAGAAAGGCGAAUGCUUUUCUCGCUCCACAUUGCAACACGAGGUUCUUCACGCUCUGGGCUUUGACCAUGAACAGGUCCGCUCCGACAGAGACAAAUAUGUUUGGAUUCUCUACGAGAACAUUAAGAAAGGAGAAAGGCACAACUUUGAUAAAAAGAAAACUAACAACCUGGGGACUCCAUAUGACUUCACAUCUGUCAUGGAAUAUGACAACAUGGCGUUCUCCAAAAAUGAGGAACCAACCAUCGUUGCCAAAAGCGACCCAAAAAAGAAGUUUGGACACGCCAAACAUAUGAGCGUCAAUGACAUCGCCCGUGUCAACCGGCUUUAUAAUUGCUUCUGACUGCACAAACUGAAGAGGUCGACCUCCUGCUGCUGCUGCUGAUUUGAGGCCUCACACYAAAACGCUGAGCUAGCAUAAAUAUAUAAUAUUCUUCUUUCCUUUUCUUUAAAUGAAAAAUGGAAAUCACUGUCCUGUCUGGUUCUGGAAUAUGUUUUUGUCACCAGGUGGAUCAGAAUUUCAUUGCAUGUCAGCUUUUGUACUUACAAACAUCUAUAAUAGUUAUAUUCGCCACAUUUACCUCCCUGCUUUUAUGUUUUUGCUUUGAUCAUCAAAGAAUAUAAUUAAUUUGCAUAAUAAAGAAGCAUAUU